AUGCUUAAAUUAAAAUUUCUUUUCAGCUCAUUCAAAUCAAAGUACAAACUAUUUAAAGAACGUUUAUUUACAUUAUAAACCAGUGUUGAAUAAUGUCAAACAAUACCUUAACUCAAUUCUAUUAUGUAAGCAUUUUUGAAUGAAAAAAUUUAUGAUUAAAUUAUGCCUAUGAAAUUAUCUGACAGUUCUAUUAUUCUCAAUAGACUUAAAAAAGAAAUAGAAACAAUUUAAAAUACAGAUGAUCUAUUAUUUGAAAACAUGAUUAAAUUUUUAGAAAUGCAAUUUCAAAAACCUAAUUUUAAAGAAUAUAUUUAAUGGUUAAAAUAACAGCCAAUAAAUAAUGAAUAUUAAUUUAUUCUACUCAUAUAAUUCUAUUCUGGCAUAAUUGUGAAUGAUAAAGAUGUAUUUAAUGAAUUUAAGAAUUAAAACCAUCAAUUUAACACAAUUUUAAUCUAAAUAAUAGAGUAUUCUAUCAGUAAGAAUAAAUUACCAUAAUUAAAAUCUGACAAAAUUGAUUAAUUAAGAGAAUAUUUGAAUAGUGAUAAUAAUUCUCUUAAAGCAUAUGCCUUAUUAUUCCUAUCAUAAUAUGAUACAUCUAUUACAAACUUUCCUCAUGCUACAUGUAAUCCUGAAAUCCUAUUAUAAAUUCUUUAAAAUUUAGAAUUAAAUGAUCAUUAAUUAAAAUAUGUUAUUUCUCAAAUCUAUUAAGGUAUAAAUUAAUGGCAUAUUUAUUACCUUGCUCAACUUUUUAUUUUACUUAAUAAAUUCAAACCUUCCAAAUUAUUUGUUGACCUAAUAUAAAAAGUUUAUGUAGAACGAGUUUUAGAUUAAGAUGGAAAUUAUUAAUUUGAUUUUAGAAUCUUAAAAAAUUUCAUUCAGGUUUCACAAAAAAAUUAAGCUUUUAAAGAUUAUAAAAUUUAUAUGCAAUUACUUAAAAGAGUUGUAUAAAUGUCUAAAGAGACCAAUUAUAAUGAAAAAACAUUAGAAAAUAUCAUAAGGACUGUUUAUUUUUCAUUAAGAGAACUUUGUAUUGAAAAUGAUAAUAUUUUUAAUGAAAUUCCUUAAUAUAUUAUGAGUGAUGAAUUAAUUGAUUUAAAGAAGUAUUUAGAACAAUGGCUAGAGAAAUCUGUAAUCUUAGAAUCACUUUCUAUUGUUAAUUUGUUUCAGCUUAAUAUUCCUUAAGGUUUUUGUGAAAAAUAUCUAACUACCAUGAAUAUUUAAGAAAAACAUUUAAGAUCAAUUAUUAGAUUAUUAAAUCAAAGCAAUUAAUUCGAAUUAAAUGAAAGAAAUUGUGAAAUUUUAGUUGAACUAAUCACUAAAUUUAAAAUAGAUUACUUAAAAUAUUUACAACCAAUUAAUUUACAAAUUUAUCCACAUAAUUUAAUUUAAAAAAUCACUAAAGCGAUUAUUAAAAAUUCUAAUGAUGAAUCUAUAAUAGAAUUCAUUCAUAAACAUACUUAAUAUCUUUAAAAUAAUAAAACUAUUUGUGAAAAAAUGGGACUUGAUUUUUAAUUUAUUGCCCCUUCUAUUAAAUUUUAAAUUGAAGUAUAAUUCACAACUAAAAUGGAUUUUGAAAAAGUAUAAAAAUUGUUUUAGAUUUUUAACAUCUUAGUCCCAUUUGAUGAGGAAAUCAUUAAUAAACUUCAAGAAUGUCUAUCAAAGUUUUCACCAUCUCAAAUUUCUAAUUUAUUAGCAUCAUGUGACUAAUUAAGGGAUAAAUUAAAAGAUUGUGACAAAAUCCAUGAAUUGUAAGGUCAAAAUAAUUUUAUUGAUGUCUAUUUAAAUUAAAAAGGUAAUCUUCCUAAAUCUAUAUAAACAAUUGAUGAUAUAAUCUUAGCUAAUUCAAAAUGUCUUGAUAUGAAUUACUAUAAAUCAAAAAAAAUAAAAUCAGAACUUUUAAAAAAACUUUAAGAAAUUAAUGAAAUACCAAAUAGUAAAUAAGCAUAUGAAUUAUUAAUGGGUUGGAGAGCUAGUGAUUUUAAUAUUGAUACAUUUGAAGCAUUAAUUAGAAUUGUCAAAGAUUAAAUUAUGAAUUUAGAUUUUCAUCACACUUAAAAAUUGAUAUCAAAACUUGUUUAAUAACAUCAAUUACAUCCAGGAGUCUUAUAUAAGGCUUAUUUAAAAUUAUAAAGUGUUUUAACCAGUAAUUUUAAAGAUGCUAAAGAUAAAGUUAGUAUUAUAAAAUUGGCUAUUAUAUUAAAACGGAUUUAUCCAACUCUGACUCUAGAAUUGACAACUUAAGAAGAUGAAGAAUGUUAAUUUGUGAAUUAGAUCAUUGAAAAUAUAUAUUUUAAUAAAGGGAAUUUUAUAACAUAAACCAAACCUUUUAUGGCUUGUUACAAUUAAUUUUAUCCUUUUAUUUGUAAAGAUUUGAAUGACUUUAUUAAUGAUUUUAAAACGUUUUAAGAUCAUUUAAAUAUAGCUAUACAUGCUUAUGUUUAAGGAGUGAAACUUCAAGUUAAUAUUUAGGAUUUAAAAAAGGAACUUUAAAAACCUUCAAUAAGUGCCUUAUAGUAAUUAAAACUUGCAUGUUUAAUUGUCAAUAUAGAAAAUAAUGAUUCUUUAAAAAAAUAAAUAAAAAUAAACAUUUCACAUAUAGAUCCAAGCACAAAUCAUUUAUUUUAAGAUGAUUUAAUUGUCUGCUUUGACGUAAUGAAUAAAUUAUUUCCAAACGAAGGUAUUGGAAAAAAAUUAGAAUUAUCAGUCAUUAAAGCAUAUGAUACUUUUUAUGAACCAACUUUGAUUUAUUUAUUUACUGAACAUUUCUUAACUAACAGAACUAUUUCAAUAAUAGAAGAUAGAAUAGUCAAAUGGAAAACUUGA